AGAAAGGCACUAUUCUACUUGGCAGCUAUUGAAAUACGGAGUAUGGCGGUGUUGGAAGCUUCCGAUCGAAGAAAAUUAAGCAUGUGAAGAUGAAAUAAUUUUCGGAGAAAAACAAAAACCAACCCUUUGCGAUUUGACUGCAGCAGCCCGCACGGAUUUCGUCAUCUCUUCUACCGACCUACGCACGGACAUCCUUCGUGAACGUGAUAGGAGAUCUAUUUGGUGACGAAAAAACAGAAAGAAGCUUGAGGAACAACAUCUCGAACGUAAGGUCGCUGACACCAGUUUCUUCCUUCUAUCUUGCUGCCGCGUGUCAAAAAUUCAUUGUCCAAGAAGUCCUCUUUAUCACAAUCGCGGCUUUAUUCCGGGGCCGUCGCCUAUUUGUUCUUCCGUGGUCCUUCCGAGACAAGCGUUUUCUUUACUCUACAAGAACGAGUUGGGUCUUGUUAACAGGAACAAUAUGGUGAUCGAGUUGGGUCUUGCUGACAGCGCCCACGCCAUCGAUGAUGCGAACAUCCAGUUGCUCGGCGCAUACAAGUACUUAUCGCAACUGCUGCACAGCACGACCGAUGCAGGAGCUGCGUCACUCUCGACCAGUAGUAGCACUACAACUUCAAGUAUUCUCCACGCAGGUGCCGGAGCAGUAGGAGAGCAAGCAGCUUCACAGCAGCACUUUCCGACCACUACCGCGCCUUCCGACAUUGUGAAAGUGGGCGCCACCCUGCCGGCGUACACGAGCAACUUGGAAAAACAUGGCGACUACCUGUCUGCUUUGGUGAAAACCCGCCACGCUUUAUCCAAAGAUGAAAACGCAGUUUGUGUAGCUGUCUUGGAAUGCUGACCACCCGCACAGCCUGUCAUGGUGCACAGGUAGUACCUACUCGAAUUGAGUAUUACGACAGCUAUGAAAUGGGCCACCGCUUACGAUUAGCUGGGCCACCACUUACUCGAAUUGAGUAUUACGACAGCUUACGAUUACGACAACUGCAACUACGUGGUGUGCCACCAGCGUGUUUAAGUACAAGAGUAAGUGUAAGAACUAUUUUGCAGCAUGCGGUGCGUUUUUCUAGACUUACGCUACCACUGGUUUUAUGCUCUUGCAUACGCUUUAGAUCACGCGGCGGAGGUUUUGCAACAGGUGAAACAUGUGAACCCGGAGAGUCUCGCUGCCGCAAAACUGCAGCUGCGGGACGUGCUGGCUCCGCCGGGAGGAGUAGCAGGAGGACCCGGUGGUCCUGGACCCGGAGAAGGCACCGGCGCGACAGGUGUGCUCGCUACCAGUGGCGACGCGAGCCCGUCACUCUUGCCGACGGUGGACAAGUACGAACUCAUUGCGCAGCCAGACUAUCGAAUGCAAAUGUGUAGUCUGGGUCUGGAACAAGGCAGAAGUUAUUUGUGAUGCAGGCUCUGCAUGGUCCAGAAGGUCCGGAAUAUUACGGGGCCUAGCAUGACAGACUCUGCGAGGCCUUUCCAAUGCCUAUCUCGCAUGAGAAACUUGUUGACAAAAAAUCGGCAACGAUGUAUAGGGGUAUUGGCAGAGGCUAAAUCUGUUCUAACGCCACGGUAUUGGCAGAGGCUAAAUCUGUUCUAACGCCGCCCUGACAGGAGUCAAAGGUCAAAGCGAUACGAUGCGAAAAAAUCGGCAACUUCAGCGAUUCCUAUGCAGCGCAGAUUUUUGUGGGACGCACAGGACGCCUGAGAAUUUUGCAUCUUUAUUCCAGACGACCCAGACGUAUUUGCAAUGCAUACGGGUGCGGAGCUUGCGCAGCUGCAGGGGCAGACCGAUCUGAGUCAGGACGCGUUGCACGUCUCGGUCGAUGACCGCACCGGAUCGCUGGUUGCCACUGCGGGCGGAGUGGGGUCGUCGUUCUCUCCCGUUCCGGAUGUCAGUAGCGGGAACAUCGAAGGGAUUGCGUACACGGGCUCGUCGGACUAUGAGGUUCUUAACGACGGCACGAGCGUCCCAGUCGCGACAAGCACUCG